AUGUCCUUUGAGCGUGAACCUGUUCUGGAGGUGGCGGAGACGAGCGACUUCUGGUCCAACCCGGUUGAUCACUUCCGCCCCAACCUGAAGUUCCUCUCUGUGUACGUGGAGCACCAGUACGUGGUGGAUAAGUGGCUGCACAUCAAGGAGAACUGGCUGAAGCCGUGGUACCUGCCGUGGUGGACGCCCAUGUACCAGGUCAUGACCUGGUAUUCCCAGCGCAACCGCAACCUCAUGCUGGUGGAGAACAACCUCAACUACCGUCCGUACCGCUACCGCCGCAACGAUGAGGACCGCAAAAACCCGUACUAG